AUGUUGCGUACAAUAAAACCCAAGAGCGCCCGCACGAAGCGCAUCCUCGAGAAGCGCGAACCCCAGGUGCACGAGAAUGUGAAGCAAUGCCUCUUCCUCAAGGGCACCUCUUCGAGCGAAAUCCUGAAGCUUGCAGUUACCGACCUCAACUCCCUCCUCAAACCCCACACGAAAAAAUUCACAAAACCCAACCCAAUCCACCCCUUCGAAUCCGUUGACUCGCUCAACUUCCUCUCCCUUAAAAACGACUGUUCGCAUCUCGUCCUCUCCCACCACAAAAAAAAGCGCCCCCACACCCUCACCUUCAUCCGCACCUUCGCCCACACGGUCCUCGACAUGCUCGAGCUGCACAUCGACCCCGAUACCUUCCGCACCAUCUCCCAGUUCAAGAACAAGAAGUGCGCGGUCGGCUUGAAGCCAAUGCUUGCCUUCUCCGGGACCCCAUUCGAGGGGCCGGUGGACAGUCGGUAUACGCUCGCGAAGAGCAUGCUGCUAGAUUUCUUCCGGGGAGUCGAGGCCACAGGUGUGGAUGUGGAAGGGUUGCAGUAUAUGAUUCAUUUCUCCGCAUCGGAUGAGAUACCUGGAGAGCCUGCGCCUAUUAUCCGUAUGCGCGUGUACCUUGUCAAGACGCGCCGCUCUGGGCAGAAAGUCCCCCGCGUGGAAGUCGAAGAGAUGGGUCCUAGGAUCGAUUUCAGCGUCGGCCGCGAGCAAGUAGCAGAGGAGGCGGUCAUGAAGACGGCGCUGAAGAAGCCGAAGGGCUUGGAGCCGAGGACGAAGAAGAACAUCACGACGGAUGUGGUGGGUGAUAAGAUGGGGAAGAUUCAUCUCGGCAAGCAGGAUUUCGCAAACUUGCAGACGAGGAAGAUGAAGGGGUUGAAGAGGAGUCGGGAGGAGAGGAAAGCUGGAGAGGAGACGGACGCGGAGGAGGACGGAGGCGUCGAGGUCAAGAGGGUGCAGUUGGAGGCAUAG